AUGACAGCACGCCUGGAGCUGUGCAGGGGCUACUUGGCCCUCUUCUUUCUCAAGAGCAAAGCGGGCCCGGGCUACAGCCUCUGGGAGAAGCUCUCGCAGCUAUUGUACAAGCAGAGCGCGCCCAACAAGUGGUGGGCACUGCUGCUCGAAGAUGCUCCACAGGCCUUCAUCGCCUCGCUGAUCUCCUUGGCCGAUGGCCUGAAGCCCUUCACACUGGCCGUAAACCUUCUCAUCCCCUUCGUGCGGCUCUCGCUGGCGUGGAAUUACCACGACCACAUUGCCUGGGAGGUGCAGGCAUGGCUGAAAAACGAGGCACUGGACGCGGAUGCAGCCGGGCGCCCGGCCCUAAGGGAUGAAUACAUUGCGGCUCUGCGUCGACUGGAAGAUGUCGCCCAGGAGAGGGGCUGGGGAGGCACGAUCCUCCACGAUGAUCGGGAGCUGCUGCGAACUUUGCUGGCAGCGUGGUCUGCGGGGGCAGAAGCUAGAUGGAGGUUUUGCUCUGUGGCGCUCAUGGAUGACACCUGGCUCCAAAACGGCCCUCCCGGGCCCUGCAACGAGCUUCGGCUGGACCUCAGCAGUUGCUCUCUGGAGCUGCGGGAGUUCACGGAAGAGCUCCCGAAACCGCGGGAGGCUCGGCUCGCAGCUCUGCAGGCGCCGCGGGGCCGCCUGCCCCGCGAAGUCGUCCUCGCUUUGACGGACUGCGACCUGGGAGACGAAGGCUGCCGAGUCCUCUGCGAGUCCUUGCGGCAGAUCGGAGGAGGCUGCGAGGAGUUCGUGCUCGAGUUGCGGGGCAACACGAUCACUGCGAAGGGCGCGGAGCUCUUGGCGGAGGGCUUCGGGGAGAUGAAGGCCCUGACGAAGCUCGAGCUGGAGAUGAGCUACAACCCCGAGCUGGGCGACGCCGGCUGCCAGGCGCUCUGCCGAAGCCUCCGUCAAAUGUCGGAGCUCAGGAGCCUCGACCUGGACUUGUGGGGCACCGGCCUCGGGGCCGAGGGCUGCGCUGCCGUGGCGGCGGCGCUCGGAGAGCUGCGGCUCCAGGAGCUCAAGCUGAUGAUAGCGUACAACGCGAUCCCGACAGAGGCCUUGGAGGAACUGCGGCGCCAGCUCCGCAACCACAUCCCGAAGCUGAAGAUUGAGGACGAACGCCAACGGGAGUGA